AUGGAGUCUGGGCGCCGAACGUCGUCUAUAUCGUCAAACAUCUACAGAUCGCAGGAUGGAAGGACGCGGACGUCAAGCUCGAUGAACGACGAAGUCCACAUCUCAUUGGGCAGCAGUUCGUCGAAGUACGUGAAUAGGGACAGCCACAGGGAUCAAAAUCAAGGGCGUAGCUCGACGCGGGAUGACGGUCGGGACCGCGGCUCGGACCGCACGAACAGCGCGACUAGAAGUGAUGAGAAGGGUGAGCCCACCAUCAAGAAGAAGCCGGAACCCACUGCCGCGGUCACUCCUGACAACGAGGAUCUCAUCGCAGGCCUGGCGCUGCAGCGGCUGUGCGACGAGAAGCCGGAUCUGGACACCCUAGCGAACUCGCUCAUGCAGCUCUACGACCAUCUGGAGUUCUCGACCGGCGAUCCGGAUUCGCGAGCCGAGCUCGUCGACCGGAUAGCGCUCACGGCGCUCCGGGUCAAGGUCAAGAUGGAGUCGCACAUCAACCGCGCCAACUGGCGCAUGAGGGCGGCGAUGCAGUACUCGCGCCAUCUCGAGGCCAAGCGCAGGUGCAUCCAGAAGAACGUGAGUGCUCAGCGCCACAUACGCGCAUUAAUUAUCGUACAGGUGCCCAGGAUCGAGAACAAUUUCAUGGGUAUGUGCCGCGACCAGCACAGGAGCAAGGGCGUCAGCGAAAUCUACGACCGUCUGUACAAGGUGCUGGGUAAGAUCCCAGAAGUGUCGCAGUUGGAGGUCAGGGAGCAGCGCCUCAAGGCGAAGCACGCGACCAUCCUCUCCAACAUAGACAACAUGCGGCGCCAGAUUAUCGCCCAAAGAUCGCAGCUGGAGACUAUCUGCCAACUCAUGGCAGACGUCGCAGCAAUGGGGACUUCCUCUUAG